UCUCUCUCUCUCUCUCUCUCUCUCUCUCUCUCUGUCUCUCCGUCUGCACAUCUGGAGUGAUGAAUCAGUUCUGAGUGGAGCUGCAGGUUCGAGCUUUUGGACUUAAAAAUCUGCUUAAAAGUUUGACUUUAAUCAGUUUAUUGCAGGACGGAGAGGUGCUUAGAGAAGAGUGUGAUCUGUUCCUCGAUUCAAAGGCUCAUCUCAUUUGGAGGUUUGGCCAGAUCUCUACACACACACAAACACACACACACACACACACACACACGUUCAGCAGGGUGGGACUCUGCUUCUUGCCCAGAGGACAGUGUGUAUUGGAUGCAUUAACGAUGAUUUGGAGAAGGUGUGUGUUCUGUGCACUUCUGCUCGGCUGGGCUCUGGUCCUCGGAGUUGAGCCUGAACACCAGCAGGAAGGACAACACACGGUCCAGAAGAAUGAAGGAAAUGAGAGACACAGAAGGGAGAAGACGGAGACGAAGUGUCCGGCGCAGUGCAGCUGCAUGGCCGAGGAAUCUGUCGACUGUGCCGGGGUUAAUUUAUACGAGUUCCCACAAGAGCUACCAGAAAACAUACGCCAGCUCUCACUGCAGAAUAAUCAGAUCUCAGAGAUCAAAGCGGAGGAUCUGUCACGUCUGCUUUACCUGGAGACGCUGAACCUGCAGAACAAUCGGCUCACGACACAGGGGCUUGAAGAUGAUGGGUUUGAAGCUCUGGAACAGCUCAGUUACUUAUACUUGGCAAAUAACAAGCUAACUGCAGCACCCAGAUAUCUUCCAACAACGCUAGUUAGCGCCGACUUCGCUGCAAACCAACUGACCACCAUCUACCCCUACACAUUUGGCAUGAAACCGGGACUGAGGUCUGUGUACCUUCACAACAACAAGCUGUCUGACGCAGGUUUACCUGAGGGAAUGUUUAACGGUUCAGACAACCUGGAGGUGUUGAUCCUCUCCAGCAAUUUCCUGCGCUAUGUUCCUAAAGAACUUCCAAGUGCACUCUUCCGUCUUCAUUUGAAGAAUAACAAACUGGAGAAGAUUCCUUCAGGUGCAUUCCAGAACCUGCCUUAUCUGAGAGAACUGUACCUGCAGAACAACCUCCUGAGCAACAGCGGCAUGGACAACACUACUUUCAGUUACCUGAGCAAACUGGAGUACCUGGACCUGUCCAACAACAACCUGAGUGCAGUACCCCCGGGUCUCCCUCGCACCCUGAUGCUGCUCCACUUAGAGAAAAACUACAUAACGUCUGUCAAGGUCGAUUCCCUCAGCGCCGUGAAGGAUCUUCAGUACCUUCUGCUUCACCACAACCGGCUCCGUGCUCGCCACAUCCACCGUGACGCCUUCCGUGGCCUCAAGCGCCUCCACACACUCCACCUGCACCACAACCUGCUGGAGCGAAUCCCUCUGGGGCUGCCACGUCGCGCCCACACCCUCGUGCUGCUCCGGAACUUCAUCAACGAGAUCGGACGUGAUGAUCUUAGCACUCUUUACACGCUCAAUGAGCUGAACCUGAGCUACAACCGAUUGACCAGUGAACGCCUGCAUCGGCACGCUUUCAGGAAACUGCGGGUGCUGGAAGUCCUGGAUCUGUCCGGGAACAAGCUGAGUACGCUGCCACUCGGGCUCCCGAAGAGCCUCCACCUCCUCCGGGCCAAGGAUAAUCAGAUCGCUGUGCUGCCAGAGGGGGCGCUAAUGGGCAUGAGCAAGCUGAAGGAGCUCCAUCUUUCUAAUAACCAGAUUAAACUAAGCUCCAUCUACCAGGGGGCAUGGCAGGAGCUCAGCUCUCUCAUGACACUCGAUCUGUCAGGUAACCUUCUGUCCCACGUCCCUGCUGAUCUUCCCGAGUCUCUGGAGUUCCUGCACCUGCAGAACAACAGGAUCAGCAGCAUCUCUGCCACGGACUUCAUCAGUACCCCAAACAUCAAGAGCAUCUUCCUGAGGUUUAACCGUCUCUCCGCUCUCUCCGUGGCUGAGGACUCCUUCUCUCACCUGUCUAAGCUGCAGGUGUUGGACAUCGGACACGGAAACGUCACACCCCUCCGUAACCACGCAGACGAGUCGGAGGAAGACUAUGCCGAACCCAAGGAAGAAGAGAUGUGACCACAAUAAGCGAAAAACUGAAGAGAAGGCGAAAAAAGUCCAAAGAAAGUUUUACUCUAUGAGAGUGUAAAUGAGGUCACGUGACCGUGAGGAUUGUCGAUAUUAGAUGUUUGUAAAUAUGUAAAUGUUUCAUGUUCAGGCCGAGUUUGUGCAUCAUAUGUCCAGAAGCCUCAUCCUGGUGUGGCUCUAAGAUAUCGCUCGCCUCGGGGCAUCAGAGGAAAAAUGACACAAACGACCUGAAGUUCGCCGUGACGGAUUAUUGUGUUGUUUUAUAUAUACGGUUUUCUCCCCGAGCUGAGAGAUCUCUGUUGGAGCUUCGCCUUUCUUCUAAUUGAAACCAACAGCAGGAAGAGUGCAGACGAGGAGACGUCUGAGAGAAGAAAAAUACGACUUCGCUUCACAUCCAACUUCUGAAUACACAAGUGACUAUUAUAAUUCUGUAUAAAUCCCAGGUGCACUCUCAAGGUCAGGGUUCCUCAGUCUGACCUCAUUCACCUUCACAGGAGAACUUCUCCUGAUCCACCAUGUUUAUCACAACUACAGGAAUAAACAGCUUCACUUCAUACUCCAUCAACUCAAAGGUUCAGCUCCUGGAUUCGUUCUUCUCGUUUUUUUUCCUCUCUUUUUAUUUUAUACAGUUAACAAGUUUUACUUCAUUCAGCAUUUAGUGCCAAGAGAAAGAAUUUACCUGAAAUUUUUACCAUAAAAACAAUACAAAAUAAAUGUCAUAAAAAUAAAUCAAUAUAUUAUCUAA